AUUUGUACGACUAAACGUAUACUUUUGUUUUACAUAUCCAAUUGAGUGGACUUGUACUACGAUUAGUUUGGUUUGUGUAUAUCUGGUCACGUAUUUGUCUAUCAAUUUACUUAAGUUGUUUAACACAAAAUAUGUCAUCUGUAUGCGAUCGUUUGUUGAAGUCAGUGGCCCCAACAAAUAUCGAGCCUAAAUCUCGUAGUAAAGUGACUGUUAUAGGUGUUGGAAUGGUUGGAAUGGCUGCAGCAUUCUCUACCAUGCAAGUGGCAGGAGAACUCGCACUUAUUGAUGUCGUAGCAGAUAAGGUUAAAGGAGAAGUUCUUGAUCUACAGCAUGGUCAACAGUUUAUUGGCAGGUGCAAAAUUGAUGGAGGAACCGAUUACAAAUACUCUGCAAAUUCAGAUAUUGUCGUCAUCACUGCUGGUGCCAGACAAAACGAAGGAGAAUCACGACUAAACCUUGUUCAGCGUAAUGUUGAUAUAUUCAAGAAAAUAAUACCAAAUGUUGUCAAGUACAGUCCAAACUGCAUCAUAGUCGUCGUAUCGAACCCUGUCGAUAUUUUGACAUAUGUUGCUCGAAGAUUGAGUGGAUUUGAAGCUCAUAGAGUAAUUGGGACCGGAACCAUGCUUGACUCGGCGAGGUUUCGUUUUCUGUUAGGUGAGAAAUUGGGAGUAUCUGCCAAUUCUGUCCAUGGGUAUGUAAUUGGUGAACAUGGUGACUCGAGUGUUGCUGUUUGGAGUAAUGUGAAUGUUGCUGGAGUUCGGCUUUCUUCUCUAAAUCCAAAGAUAGGAGGCAAAGAUGAUCCUGAAAAUUUCGAGGAAAUACACAAGCAAGUUGUUCAGAGUGCUUAUGACAUCAUUCGCUUGAAAGGUUACACCUCAUGGGCGAUCGGGUUGACAUGUCGAUCACUUUGUAACGCACUAUUAAAUAACCUUCACACAGUUUAUCCACUCUCUGUUCCUGUCAAAGGAAUUCACGGAAUUGAAGAGGAUGUUUAUUUGAGUUUACCAUGUCUUGUUACUUCAGCUGGAAUCAGUCAUUUGAUUCCGCUUGAACUUAGUGCGGAUGAAUUGAGUAAAUUGAGAAAAAGUGCUGCCACUCUGAAUGAAGUUAUAACGAAAAUCCAAUGGUAAAGUCGUACGACUAACGGUUGCUGCACGCUCACGUAUCAAAGAACACUAGCUUUUCCCCUUUUCAUCUUAUUGGUUAACAAUCCUUACAACCGAUUACCCGAAAUCAAGCGCAAAAUGUUCAUAAAGUCUCAUUUUAGAAUAAGGCUGACAUUCAUUCAAAUGCUGCUAAUUCGAUGACUUGAAAAGUCAUAUGUAUCCAUCUUCAGAAAAAAUUGUUUAGUAUUUACCUAACUUUUCGUUGAUACUAAACUUUUAGUACAAAACAUCUACCCAGGAUGUUACAAACAAAAACAUAUCAGCUGGUAAAUAAAUUAUACUGCGGAAAUAAACACACAAUGCAUGUCUAUUUACAGGUUUGAUCGGUUUGCAUAGCGAGCAACAUUACAUUUAAAGAACAAAUAUUAAUGGUCAAACUGUUCGUAACGAUUUUACUGUUAGGUUAUUUUGAGAGAAAAGUAGUCAUAACGAGUAUUGUAUUGUUAGGUAGCAAAUGGGAAACAAAUCUACACUAGGACGACCGAGAAGUCAUGUCGAAGUUUGACUGAUAUACCGAAGGGUAUUUACACUGCGGCUACGGUGUAAUUACAAUAAUCUACAAUUCUAGGGAAAACGGGGACCGUGAAGAUUGUACAACAUCUAAUGUAUUUGUAAUUUCACCAGUCGAAUAGGAUAUAGUCACAGGUGUAAGUAUUGCUAAAGCGAUUUCAAAUGAGAGACAAUCAUCGAUGUAAGGAACAAAUAGUAGCGUUGAUUUUGUGUCACAGUUAUCGCAAACUGUUCGGAAUCACCGAAAUUUUCCUUGAAAAGAAAUUUGUAGGAAAAUAAGAUUAAUAAUGCAUCAGUUUGACUUUUGAUACACGGUUACGAAUGUGACAACUAAGUGCUGAUAUCAAGAAUAUCCGAAAAUCAACAGGUCACUUCUUGAAGCGUAUUUCUUGUAUGUACUCAGUUAUGGCUUACGCAGUAAUACUUCACUUUUAUGAGGUUAUACUCACUUACUUGGUUCAGAUCAUCUAAGAUUUGGGAAUUGUGUUUGAACCUUCAUCGAUCGGUCAAUCUUCUUGUCCCGUCAAAUACUACGUGACAAAAUCACCAAUCAGAAUACCGACAUCCAUGACGUUGUCUCUGUGCUAGACCAGUGAUGCGUCGACCAGCACUAGCAAUGUUGAGUCAACUCUGAGCCUAAUCGGUCCUCUGUCCGUCCAGUCCAGAACACAAAUAUCGGUCUGCGAUAUGUGAAUCGUAUAUUUCAGAUAUACGUGGUUUUUAUACAGGCAAACUAGACUGUAUCACACCAUAGAAUGAAAAGUAAUAAUUAUACGAGACCGAUCCAAAAGUGGGUUUGUGUGUGGUAUACUAAGACGAAUAAACUGUGAAUACGUUACCAAUAGCCAAUAGGUCAAAUGGACGAUUUUGAUAAAACGGAAUAUGUAUAUUUACAUAAUCUAGUUACUUAAUUAUUACUCAAUAGAAAUAUAUUUAAUGACAGUCCAUGAACAAUUCAGAGCAGUUAUCAUUCAUCUAUUAUUCGUUCGUGUAUAACAUUUGUACAUCGUGAUAUAAGAGUAAGAAAUCGUAAGUAGAUUUUUUUAGCCAUUCCGAAUAACUUGGAUUUAGUGGAAUAGUACUUCUAUUUGCACAGGUCAGUUUUGUCCACGUACUAAGUGUGCCGACAACAAUAUCUGAAUAGAUUGCAUAUGACAAACAUAAAAUCUCACCACCACGUUACAGCUUAACUAUGUAAAAACCAACUGAAAUUUUUUAUUUGAGUGUCAUCUAUCCUACAAUUGUCGUAUGACGGUUCACAAAGUUCAGGUUCACAAGCAGGAGAAUCAAGUGUCUUGAUUUUGUGAAUGGUUUGACCUAUUUAUUUACGACAAGAUUCCGUUUGAUGAAAGUUUAGUACAUUGUUAGGAUGGACUUUCAAAAACGACUUCACAUCAUUCUCCUUAAAAUCAAUAUCAGUCAAAACGAUGACAGACGGUAGUAUUGGCCAACAAAAUUUGAGCGUUCUCAAGUUUCAAAAUGUCGUGCUAACUACUAGAUAUCGGAUAUGUACAUGAAGUAUGUGCGCUUUCUUCGAAACCUAGUGUAAAAUUGUUAGUUAAUAGCAUUUAUAGGACUGAACUGGACACUUUCCCCUGUUGUGGCUUCAUUCGCUGGAUUUUGAGAUCUGACUGUCUUUCAAAUACCGAUUCAGUUCUAAUCACCAAAAAUUAUGAUCAGCUGUGAGGUGAAUAGGUGACUAUUCAUAAUUUCUUAGAUUGAUUAGGUAGUAGAUUAGUCUUUUAUAAGCAAAGAUGGAUAGUGGCUAGCAGUGGAUGCCAGGAUGCGCAUUUAUUUCUAUUUGAGACUCGUCAGCCUGAUGCACCUGCGUCUCAGAGUUGAUGUUCACUCUGGGACUCAAACCCAGCACCAUUCGCUUCAAAUGCCAUCGCGUUAUCAACUCAGCUAGGACGAAACGCGCGUUCUGGAUUCCACUGCUAGCCACUAUCCAUCUUUGCCUUUAAAAGCUUGUGAAUUAAUGCAAUAUCUAGGCAUAAGCGCAGUAUGCACAUAUGCCAAUAACAGAAUGAUCAACUGCAGUCUUAAACCUCAUUGGGAAGAUACAAGCGAAACAAUACCAAGUGAAGUAGAUUGGUUUAUUUCCAAAACAAGUCAAGUUCAUUCAACAAUUAGAAGCAACUAGUUGACAAAUGAGUAAGGUAUUUAAAAUAUUCCUUCCCGGUGAUUGUAGUUUGGUCGAUUAAACAUUUCAAUACCUAUGUGUAUAUGUUAUUUUAGAAAUUGAUUGGCACCCAAGUUUUCUUUCAUUUAAAAGUCAGAAUUCUCAAUAUAUCGGCCAAGACGGUUUUGUUAUAUGGAGGCAGAACUCUGAAAACUACUACAAACAUCAUCAAAUGUGGACAAAUACGUGGGUUAUGUUACAUCCAACUGUGUUUACCAGUUUACAUGUACGCGCAAAAGGCAGAUACAUCGGAAGAAAAAAAGUAUUCGUGUCUACAUCUCUGAACAUAUUUCACAAAAGCUAACAUUGACUGUACAGGACGUUUUGUUUGUCAUUGAUGUUGGAAUUUCGAAAUCUUUCAAAACAGUCAAUAAACAAAAGGAACAAAAAUUGUUUGGCAUUUCCAAAGCUGUCGAAAUAAAAAGAUUGAAAUCCAGUUUAUGAAAACAACAAUAAAACAUUUCGAGGGACUGUUAUUAGGUAACAUCGAUCUCAAUUUAUAUUGGACUCUAUCUAGGCUUCAGAUCGACAAUGGUCGUUUCAAAAGCCAUCCAGUUCACAGAUUAUAAUACCACUAAGAACAAGCAUCUGAACUAAAAAAUAUUUUUUUAUUGUUAUAAUACAAUGUAAACAUGAUUUCUCGAGAUAA